GAGCCAGGAUUCUGGAGUUCUGGAACAACACGAGUUGUCUUGUCAGCAAUUCUUGUAAAUGGAGCCAACACUUUGUUCAAGUUGAUUGCCUGGUUGUAUACUGGAUCACACAGUAUGUUUUCUGAGUUCAUCCAUUCCUGUGCAGACACUAUGAAUCAAAUAAUCCUGGGAAUUGGACUGUACCACUCCUUCAAAAAACCAGAUACAGACCAUCC